AUGAAGUACAGGAGCCAUCAGCGGCGGGCUCAGCAGGCGGCCGGUGCAUUAGGAGAUGUCCACUGCACGGGCGCGAGAGCCGGGGGUGGACAUCCGCAGACGCCCGCAGGAGGCGAUUGGUCAAGAGGCGAGACAGCGACUCAGCCAAGGCUCAGUGCGGCCUCGAAUACCAUCCAAUCGUGGCAUACUUUCUUCGUCAGCGUUACCCAUGAUUCCUUCACACGGGAGUGGGUCUGGUUGCUUGCUUUGGCCGUGCUACACACUAGCUGGCGCCUAUGGGCCUUCGUGAUACACCCACGACUACGUCCAAGGGCGAUCGCCGAGGUUCCAUACAUGAUUCCGUUCCUUGGCCAUACUCUAGCUAUGUUUAAAGAUACUGCGUCACUGGUCCGUCACGGCAUCUGCUAUUUUGGUGGAUCAUACGAGCCCUUUUCAAUUCGACUUCUUGGAGAGCGGAUAUACGUCGUCUCGUCUCCUGACGAUGCUGCCACUGUGUACAAGGACUCCACUAGUUUUUCCUGGGACGCCUACAUGGACAGGCUGCUAAAAGCCUUCGGACUUAGCGAAAAAGCGAGGGAGAUCUCUUGGGCGAAGCCAAGCUUGGUCAAUCAGAACGACCAUAUGAAGACCAUCAACCCACAGUUCAAAAGCCUUGUCCAUCUCAUAGAACAUAUAUACAAAAUACAGUUACUACCUGGCGAGCAACUGGAUCUUCUGAGGCAUUCUAUCCUUUCGAUGCUGGACAAGAACCUUACCUGGGCCAAUCUCAACCAGCGAUAUGUUCUAGAAUUUGGGAUCGAAUACCGCCGGAUCUCUGUGAAGACGCUGUGUGCCUUUCUGAUUACAGACUCAACCACACGUGGAAUGUUUGGGGACCUUAUGUUCGAGUAUGAACCCAACCUAUAUAACCAUAUGAGAACUUUCAAUGACGACUCCUGGGCCUGCGUUUUCAACGUUCCAAAGAUAUUCACUCCUAGACUUAACAGAGCGAGGAAUAUACUCUGUUCAGCAAUGCGACGGUACAUCAGAACUCCAAAAGAGCUCCGGAAAGGAGGCGCUUGGUCCGUCCGGGCCAUUAUCGAAGCGGUAGAUUGCUUUGGAAUGGACGAAGAUAGUCAAGUAGCGAUGUUGUUCAUGAUUUGGUGGGCGGCGCAUAGUAAUACGAUCAAUGCGUGUUUCUGGCUUUUAUGCAAUGUUGCUUACAACGAAACACUUGUCGAUGCACUCCUUAAAGAGACUUCGCCUGCGUUCCGUGGCACUGCGAUUGACAUACCAUAUCUCAUGCAUGAUUGCCCGCUUCUCGACUCAGCGUAUCUCGAAGUUCUUCGGCUCGUAAACGGCGCUUUUAGUAUACGAAAGGUGCAGCAAGAUACUGAAGUUUCGGGAAGGGUGCUCAGGGCCGGCAAUACUCUUGUCAUUCCCUAUCGGGAGCUACAUUCGAACCCUAACGUAUGGGGGGAGUCAACUACACGAUUCGACCCGGAGCGUUUCCUCCAACAGCCAAAGUUAGCAGCACAUCCCUCAUAUAGACCUUUCGGUGGUGGAGUCAGUUAUUGUCCUGGUCGAAAUCUAGCAAAGGCUGAGGUGUGCGGAUUUGUAGCAGCCUUCAUUAACCGCUUCCAGAUCUCAGUUCCGCUGGGGUCGACUGGAGAGCCACAGGCAUUCCCACUCUUGGAUACUACCAAACCAUCCACUGGUAUAACAGGCUGCAUGCCGGAUAUGGAUCUAUACCUUGACAUCAAGCCAAGGGUUUGAUAUUGGGGUCCAAAGAGUUUGAG